AUGUCUGCUAAAAUAGUCAUUGCGCACCACCCUUAUGAAGCAACCAGAGACGACGAAAUCUCGUUUGUCAAGGACGAAGUUAUCAAAGUAACAGAUGAUUCUGACCCUGACUGGUGGGUUGGUAAGAAGAAGGAUGGCUCUUUAGGCUUCUUUCCCAGUAAUUUUGUCACUGUUCGAGACGAUAGCAACGCGGGCAAUGAAAAGCCAAAGGUUGAGCAAGGCAGCCAAGACGUCAUUGACGACACGGAACCUCAUCAAGCUGAGGGCGUUGCUGUGGAUGAUGAUACUGCCAAUCCUUCUGUGGAGGAUGAUGUCCAUGCCGAGGCACAAUCUGAGGAGCCUACUCCAGAAGAAAAGAAAGUUGAUCAGGUGAUUGGUAUGGCGAGAGUGAUGGAGGACUAUGCAUCUCAGGAAGCUGGAGAAAUUUCUCUUCCUCGCGGUGGAAUCAUCAAUGUUUAUGAAGUCAUUGAUGACGAAUGGUCAAGAGGCGAAUUGAAUGGCAAGGUUGGCAGAUAUCCUUCCAAGUAUGUCGAAGAUAUCGAUAUGCCAGGUCGUCCUGAUCUCGGCAAGCAAUUAAGUGGUGGUUCUGCUGACGGCCCUAGAUCACCCCUCAGUGAUGAGGAUAGCGCUGCUCCUAAAGGUGGAUUUAAAUUGGCUGCUUUUGGUGUCAAGCAAGGUGGUAUUGGCAGUUUGUUAGCGGGUGGUUUCCCUGGAUUGAAGAAGACUGGAGGUGCACCCAAAAAGACUGAACCUGAGCCUGAACCUGCUGUUGAGACAACGAGAGAGGUUGCUAGCGAGGAACCUAAACCUGCAGCCACAUCUGAAGCUACUUCUCCUACUGCCUUCGUCCCUUCAGUGCCCGCCUUCACUGCUUCUGAAGAUGUACCUGACAAGAAGCCUGUAGCCGAGGAGAAGAGACAAGAAAAGCCCCUCGGAAAGGCUAUUGUGUUGCACCCUUACGAUGCUGAUAACGAAGAUGAACUGAGUCUGUUGAGAGGAGAAUAUGUCGACAUUCUCGACCGCAAUGCAGAUGAUGGAUGGUGGAAGGGAAAGAACGAAAGAGGAGAAUCUGGUGUUUUCCCAUCUAACUUUGUCAAGGAGUUGGAACAAGAUAGUUUUGCUCCACCAACACCUACUCGAUCACGUCGUUCUGUCAAUACAGGCAGCGUAUCCUCUGCUGCUGAAUCCAGCCCCGUGAUGGCUAAACCUCCCCAAGUGCCCAGACCUGCCUCUGUACAAACACCCAGUACUACGAGACCUGUAACAUUGGGUCAAAGACCUUCAUCUGUUCAAACCCCCUCUUCCAACGCUGCACCUUUGGCCACACCUCCAAAGCCAUUCACUGCACCUAUUUCUCAAACAACCUCUGUUCCCAUCACUGAGGAAACCGAGGAAACCGAACAAGCUAUCAAGGAAGAGGAACAAUACGAUGCUGAUGAGGAAAAGCCUGCAUCUCCUGUUAAAUCAGAAGUUGAAGAAUCACCUGCUUUCACUCCUGUUGUCGCUGAACGUCAAUUGCCAGUCACCAUUAUUCCAGAGAAGGAGGAGGAAAAGAUGGAUUCGCCUGUAGUUGUUGAAGAGGAUCCUAUUUCUGAUCAAGAAGAGAAAGAAUCCGGUGUAGAUGAGGCACCAUUCAUGAAGGAAGAAGAGAAGGUUGAGCAACUCACUGAGAGCCCUUCCGUAGCCGAGGUUGAUGAAUCCAACAUUUCACCAAAGCAAACAAACAAUGGGGAUCCCAUUUCCGCUCGCGCUGUCUCUGGCAAUAUUCCCACUGAGAUCGAACCCGAAAAGGAGGAUUCUGUUGUGGUUGAAGAGGAGCCCGAAGAAGAGUUCAAGGAAGCGUCCGAAGAAGCUACAUCUAUCAUCUCUGACCAAAAACCAAUUGUCAUUGAGCAAGACAAAGAAGCCGACGCUCCAUUUACCGAAAAGAAGGAGGAAGUCGAGACUGACAAGGAAGAGUCUAUUGCUAGAGAGGUCAAGGAAGAAGAGGAGGUUCCUGUCGUUGUAGAAGAGGAAAAGAACGAAUUCGAUACUAUACCAUCUGGACCCAAGUUAUCAGCACCAACUCGUGCUCGUCUUGGAGGCAGAGCACGCAGAUCACCACAAGCUCUUCACAGCGAACCCAGUCAAAUGGAGACGUUGCAAAAGGAAUUGGAAGCUGAGGAAAAGGAAGAAGAGACAAAGAAGCCUGCUGUCCCUGAGAAGCCUGCAUCGCCUCCCGCUAAACCCAUCAAGCCCAUCUUUGCCAAAUUCCCUACACCUUUUGCAGCAGGUGCCGCUGAUGAGAUUUCCAAACGAAACUUGAAACCUACACAAACCCGUCGUUUAUGGGAUGAGAAGCCAGCGGAAGACAAGCCAGCUUCCACAACCGAGCAAGAGCCAGAGCCUGUGCGUCCUUCUGGGGUGAAGAAUAUUGCAUCUCGCUUCAACUUUAAUGGCGGCAAUGGGGGCGGCAACGAAGUGCUUGAAACUAAAUUGAGGAAUCAUACCAAGAACGAAAUUGAGAAGGUUCGCAAGGAAUUUGAAUCGUUAUUACAAGAGGAACGUGAUAAGCGCACUCAACUGGAGACUACAGUUGCUGAAUUAAUUGAAAAGAUCAAAUCAUUGGAAAAUUAG